CCGCCUUUAUACAUUCAAAAUGGAUUACCAGAACCGCGCAGGUUCCAAGUUCGGCGGUGGCGGCGUCGCCUCUCACUCCGCAACGAACGCAGACCGCCGCGAACGACUCCGCAAACUCGCCCUUGAGACCAUCGAUCUGGACAAAGACCCUUACUUCUUCAAGAACCAUGUGGGCAGCUUCGAAUGCCGUCUCUGUCUGACAGUUCACCAAAACGACGGUUCCUACCUCGCACAUACCCAAGGCCGAAAGCACCAGACGAAUCUCGCGCGCCGAGCUGCCCGGGAACAGCGCGAGGGCAAAAAUGCCGAUCCCGCGUCUUUACCAGGUGCGAUGGGCGUGCAGGUGCGCAAGCAGACAAUCAAGAUUGGAAGGCCCGGGUACAAGAUUACGAAGAUUCGGGAUCCGCUGACGAGGCAGUUUGGGUUGUUGUUUCAGCUGCAGUAUCAGGAGAUUACUCCUGGUGUUAAGCCGCGGGUGCGAUUCAUGAGCGCGUUUGAGCAGAAGGUGGAGGAGCCGCCAGACAAGAACUUUCAAUAUCUGGUUAUCGCGGCGGAGCCGUAUCAGACUUGUGGGUUUAAGUUGCAGGCUAGAGAGAUUGAUCGGCGCGAAGGGAGGUAUUGGACGUGGUUCGAUGAGGAUAGUAAGGAAUUUUGGGUGCAGAUUAUGUUCAAAACGGAGCGAGAGGAGCGGUUCAGUGGUGUGCCCGGGCUGGCGCCGAUGGGCGCUGCAUGA